AUGUCGUCGACUCAGUACAUUCCUGAGCAGGGUAAGUAUGGCCUGAGGAACAAGGAAGGACCGCUCAACAGCGACCACCUCUAUCCUGACAACGAUGUCACGCGCCCAGUCUUCCUCCUCGUCUACCCACCCGUAGGGACCAAAACCCAAACACAUCGUGAUCUGCACUGGAGUCUCGGCUGGGAAGUCAGCAACCGCGGGUUCCGCUUCGUCCACAUCCAGAUUCACAACGACCCGCGCGAUCCUCCACCCAACCCGCGGUACGUCUACUGGGGCGCGCAGACCAAGUCUGUAGGGGCUGCAACACAGAGAGCCAAGAAGUUCCUGCUCGGAGAGCUGACCCUCCCGCAGCGUCAGAACAUUGAGCGCCUUGCCGAGACGGUGCCGGUGGCUUACCCUAAUGGCAGAUGGAACUGCCAGAACUGGACCGAUGUGUUGCUUCGCAAGCUGGUAGAACAUGGCGUGAUCACAUCGGCGGAGUGGGCGCAGGCGAUGGCUAGUGCGAGGAAUGGUACGUGGUGA